AUGGGCAGAACGGGCGUGCAGCCGUCGGAUCUCACGAGCUUCACAAACGAUAUAUCAACAAGACAAACCUGGCGCCAUGCUUUCCAAACCACCGAGACUACUCGAGUCACCAUACUUCGCUCUGAUUCUCGAGCAUCCAAUGCUCUGAACAAAGUUCGUUCACGCAAGGUUCAGGAGUGUUUGAUAAUCGAUUGGGGAAGACCCCGCUCGAGAGGGUCACAUACUGCCGUCACACUAAGCAUGACUGACUUGGGAAGACAAGGCGUUAUUGAUCCGAAGGAGAAACCAGAAUAUAGGAAACGUACCACGUUCUCUGAAACCCAUCUUUUGAGGAGAAUUGUAACCAUCCGAAGUGUAAACUUAGACCUGGGUCAACGGGAACACGACGGUAUCAAGGUCUUCUUCAGCUACAGCGUCAGCAGAUUUUAUUGUGUCAUGUCCAUGUCGAACGAUAACGAAUUAUCGAUAUCUUGUUUUCCUGAAGAAGAUGCAUCACCACCACCUCCUCCUUCUCCUUCCGUUGCCGCGACGCCCCUGCCAAAACUUCAAAUCCUAUUUGCGCUUCUGAUUCAAGGUGUCGAGCCAAUCACUGCAGGAGUUAUCUACCCGUUCAUCCCGGAGCUUAUCGAAAGGACUGGCGUAACGGGAGGUGACGAAUCCAAGAUAGGGUAUUAUGCGGGGAUUAUAGAAUCCUUGUUUUUCCUCUCCGAAAGCCUAGUUGUCGCUAUAUGGGGCCGCGCAUCCGACUUGUAUGGGCGAAAGCCCGUCUUGCUCCUCGGACCACUUGGCCUUGCGUUCGCAAUGCUGGGGUUUGGGUUAUCAAAGACGUUUUGGCCGCUCGUAGUGUUCAGGUGUGCGCAGGGGAUGUUUAACGGAAACAUCGGGGUGUCUAAAACCGUUCUUGCAGAGCUGACGGACGAGACUAACAGGGCGGACGCGUUCGCCCUCAUCUCGGUUGCAUGGACAUCGGGCGCAACGUUGGGACCCGCUAUUGGAGGUAUGUUCGCCAAUCCCGCGACACGAUGGCCUGACAUGUUCGGGAACUUGUGGCCCUUUGUCGACUAUCCGUACUUCCUGCCUCUGGCUGUUGCUGGCCUCCUUUCAUUGGUGACGUUUGUCUUGGCAUUACUUGGGUUAAAGGAGACUCACCCGCACUUCAAAACGAAACGUGAACGUGGUCAGAAAUCUGGAGAAAAUAGUGCUUUGCUUGCUGAAAGCAAUACUGAAAAUGGCUAUGGGACCGUAUCAACUGAAUCGGUCACAACACAGCCUGAGGAUGGCCUCCCUCAACGGCCCUCGUAUCGAUCGCUUCUAACACCUGAACUCAAAAUGGUCUUCACCUGUCGAGGUUUCCUAGCUCUAACAGACAUAAGCUACGUCGUCCUCAUCCCCCUCAUCUACUCCGCUUCAACCAAGUUGGGGGGACUAGGAUUUACACCCUCACGUAUCGGAACGAUUCUGGGCGUUUAUAUGUUCUUCAACGCUCUCAACUCAAUCACGUUGAGCAAGCGACUAGUGAAAAAAUUCGGUGCUCGUACGAUGUUUAUUGUAGGAUACGGAAGUUUCUUGGCUGAUUUCCUGGGAUUGAUGAUAUUGCGGAUGUUGGUCAAACGAGCGGGCGGUGUUACCACGGCUGUUUGGGUUGUGCUUGUGGUACAGCAGAUGAUGGCUUUGAUGGUUAGUACGGCUUACACUUCGUUGGCGAUUGUAACCGUGCAAAGUGCGCCGGAGGCUACACUUGGGACUGUGAACGGACUUUCACAAAUGAUCGCAUCUGGAACGAGAGCAGUUGGGCCAGCGUUUGCAUCUUCUCUGUUCGCUCUGUCGUUGCAGUCGAAGCUUUUGGAUGGAUAUUUUGUGGAUGUUGUACUGAUGGGAGUGACUCUGCUUGGAUUGUGGUUUGCGUUUCGUCUUCCGCAUGUACAAUAA